CUCUCCUUGGACCCCCGCUGCUCCUCCUCCUCCUCCUCCUCUUUCUGCCCGCGGGGCUCUUAAGGGCAGCGCUUCGGGCCUCGUCCUGCUGAGGGAAAGGAAAGGAGGGAUGGGGGCUUGGUGGGGGGCGAGGAGGCUCCUGCGAGGGGGCUUCUCCUGGGCGCUGGUUUGCACCCUGCUCUGGACACACCUCGGACUCGCCAGCCUGGUGCUGGAUCGGGGCCCCAACUGCAACGCCAAGCAGUACAAGCUGAGCGACCGGUGCUGCAGCAAGUGCCCCCCAGGACAGAAGGUGACAGCGGUGUGUCCAGGCGACUCGUCGGGCGACACGGCCUGCGCUCCCUGCGAGGAAGGCAGCUUCCAGGCUGAAUGGACCCAGGAGCAGGAGUGCACCCCACACCGGGCGUGCAGCGAGAAUGCAGGCCUGGAGGUGUACACGCCCGGGACGACCAUGAGCCAGGCUGAGUGCCGAUGCCGGAGGGGCACGCAUUGCUCCAGCCACGAGUGCCACACCUGCCGGCACAACACCCCUUGUGGGCCUGGGCAAGGGGUCAAGCAGCAAGCAACCCACGAGCAAGACACCGUCUGCGCCGACUGCCCCAGUGGCUCCUUCUCCAACGUCUCUUCGGCCACGGAUCCCUGCCAGCCCUGGAGCAGCUGCGAAGCCCAGAACCUCGUCCAGAAGGAGAAGGGGACGCCGUUGUCGGACGUCGUCUGCGGUUCCCUGCCCCCGUUGACCCAAAAGGACACAGAGAGGACCCACUUGUUGGCAUUCCUCCCGCUCAUGGCCCUCCUUCUCCUGGGGGGCUUCUUUGCUGUCUGCUAUUGGCUCCGACGCAGGGGUCUCCAGAAGCAGCAGCCGCAGCAGCAGCAACACAACCAGGAUCCCCUCCAACUUGAGGGUCAGGAUCCAAGGGAGAUUGACGACCUGGAGGAGUGCCCCGCUUUGCCCAUCCAAGAGACGCUGCUGGGGACCAAGCCGGCCCAGGAGGAGGGCAAGGAGAGCCGCCUGGCCGUCCAGGAGCAGGUCUGAGCCGCCAGGCAGAAGAGCCAGGAGCCGAGGCAACUUGCAGGGACUUCUGAAUGCAAAGUCCCACAUGGUGACCAUGCAACUUGCAAGGACUUCCACAGGGUGCCAGUGCAAUUUGCAGGGACCUCUCAGUGUAAAGCCCCACAGGCUGACGGAGCAACUUGCAAGGACUUCUCUAUGCAAAGCCCUACAGGUUGACCAUGCAACUUGCAGGGACUUCCACAGGGUGCUGGUGCAAAUUGCAGGCACUUAAUGCAAAGCCCCGCAGGGUCCCCAUGCAACUUGCAAGAACUUCCAUAGGGUGCUGGUGCAAAUUGCAGGCACUUCUCAAUGCAAAGCCCCAAAGCAGCGCAGAUUGCUCUCUGCAAGGGCCCCACACCAAGAAGGAAGCUGGAAAGACCAAUGGGCCAGGUCAACUGGACCAGCCCUGCCUUGCUUUUGGUUGCAAGGACAGGCCCCACUGGGAAGACCCACUGCCCUGUCCUUCCGACAGGUCAAGAUCACCUGGCUGAAUGCAGGUCAAUGAUGAUGGGAUCCUGCCUUUUCCAGAAGAGAAACCAGGUCCAGCAGAUCAUCAUCAUCCAAAGCCUCCUUUUCCUUUCCCCCCAGAGCUGGCCACAGGGUGACUCCACAUUUUGCAAAAUUAACAGAGGCAGCAUUGCAGCUGGACUUUGCAGGCCAGGGUUCGAAUCCACACUCCGCCUUUUAAUUCUACCAUUCAAAGUUAGGUUGACCACAUAGUCACUGGGGUCCAACCCCCUUCUGGCAUGCAGGAAGACACCAUCCACACCUUCUUGACAGAUGGCCAUCUGGCCUCUGAUGAAAGACCUCUAGAGAAGGAAACCCCCUAGAGUCCCAGGCCAUUUAUAUUCCACUAGCGUUGGAAGGGACUCCCAAAGGCCAACCCCUUUCUUUCUGCUAGACAGGCAAGAAGACACCACCCAAACCAAUCUACAGGAAAGGAGAUUCCACCUGAACAUCAGGAAGAACUUCCUCACCGUGAGAAGGGCUGUUCAGCAGUGGAACUCUCUGCCCCGCACUGUGGUGGAGGCUCCUCCUUUGGAGGCUUUUAAGCAGAGGCUGGAUGGCCAUCUGUCGGGGGGGCUUUGAAUGAGAUUUUCCUGCUUCUUGCAGGGGGUUGGACUGGAUGGCCCAUGAGGUCUCUUCCAACUCUACGAUUCUAUGAAACCCUCCCGACAGAUGGCCAAAUGUGACUCGCUGGCCUUUUCUGUCAAAUGCAACAAAGGAUGGGAUUUUGCAACCAAUGUAUGACUGUCUUUGCCAUGUUGUGUUCUUUUUUCCCUUCUUGUGUGCUAAAUAAAUAAAUGUAUAUAUUUUUUGGUUUGAUGAA